AUGGGACUUCUUCUUAUUUGUUUCCUCAUUUCCGGCUUCUUUACCAUACUGACGUAUUUCUUGCCUAUCGUGCGAAAUCUUCCGAUAUUUGGUACUGUUGCCGCAAACACUUGGCUCUGGACAUUGAACCCUAGCCUCGCUUAUGUUGGCCAGGGUGUUAUUAUGGGCACUGAGACAACACUACAUAUGACAUUGGGAGCCAUUGUUGGUUGGGGUUUCCUCAGUCCGUUGGCAAAAUUCAAGGGCUGGGCUCCAGGGCCAGUGGAUGACUGGGAACAUGGCAGCAAAGGAUGGAUUGUCUGGGUAUCCCUGGCCAUCAUGCUGGUAGAUGCUGUCGUUAGCCUCGGUUAUGUUGGAUGCCGUUCUAUUCCCUCCUUUCCAGGAAUGGGAUUCAUUGAAAACUUCCGCAAAAGACUACACAAGGCAAGAGAACAUAUAUUUGGAGAUGCGUCACCUCAGUACUCCCUGCUGCAGAAUCAGGACGAAGACUUUCAGUCUCAUACGCGAGACACCACCAAUGAUAUAAUGGAGGCUAGUCGCGAUGGUAACGAUGACAUUGAUAGAAAUGACGAUGACGGUGGCGAUGACGAUGCUCCGGCUGAUCAGCGUAUUGGACGGAGGUUGGUAGUCAUCGGACUCAUCACUUCCAUUAUAUUAUGCAUCGGAACGACCCACUUCGUGUUCGGCGAUCUUGUUCCUUUAUACGCAACCGUUGUUGCUGUUUUCAUUGCUUUACUUUUGAGCAUAAUGGGUGUACGGGCGCUCGGGGAAACAGACCUCAACCCUGUUUCAGGAAUUAGCAAGCUGGCUCAGCUUUUUUUCGCCCUUAUCAUUCCCCAGUCUAACAAGUCUAGCGUCCUGAUUAAUCUUGUGGCUGGUGCAGUGUCAGAAGCAGGUGCAUUGCAGGCCGGGGACCUUAUGCAAGACCUCAAAACUGGGCAUUUACUAGGGGCUGCCCCGAACGCCCAAUUUUGGGGGCAAGUGAUCGGUGCCACUGCUGGAGCAAUCCUGAGUGCCUUCAUCUACCGAAUUUACACAUCGUAG